CCUCUACAAACUCACGAGUCUUCCAGUGGUUAACUUAGUAGGAAGGAAGAUUCGUAUCGCGGUGAUCCAUCAUGACCAAGCUUCUGUUUCUGGCCCUGUGCGCCGUCUUCCUGGCGGUAGCGAAUGCACGCUACGUGAGCAAAAGCAAAAUCGUCGGAGGAUUCCAGAUCGAAAUUGCCGAGGUGCCGUACCAGGUGUCGUUGCAGAAGAACGGUCGCCACAACUGCGGAGGAUCGAUCAUCGCUGAUCGGUGGGUUCUGACGGCGGCUCAUUGCGUUACCAAUCGGGAUGCCAGUCUGUACACCGUUCGAGUUGGAUCCACCGAUCGGACCGAUGGCGGAGAACUGAUCCAGGUUGAAGAAGUUAUCCCCCACGAAAGCUACAACGAUGCCACGGCUGACUUCGAUUUCGCCCUGCUACUGUUGAGUGAAGCCAUCGGAUACAACGAUACUGUCCAGGCGAUCGAACUAGCUGCCGUCGAUGAGGUCAUUGAAGAUGGAACCAUGUCGAUCGUUUCCGGUUGGGGAGCUACCCACAAUCCCGAAGAAGACAACCAGCAGCUGCGAGCUACAAACGUUCCGACCGUUAACCAGCAGGAAUGCGUCGAAGCGUACUCGAAAAUUGGACCGGUAACGGAACAGAUGAUCUGCGCCGGAUACAAGGCAGGAGGUCAGGAUUCGUGCCAGGGAGAUUCCGGUGGCCCACUGGCCAUCGAUGGGCGUCUGGUGGGAGUUGUGUCCUGGGGUCAAGGUUGUGCUGAACCCGACCUGCCGGGAGUGUAUGCCCGGGUUUCGGCCGUCCGUGAAUGGAUCCAAGAAGUGGCUGAAGUGUAAGGUGAUGGGUAGGAAAUAAAUUGGAUGAAAUGA